CCAGAACCCCAGCUAGACACCCCCUAGAGACACUGGUUGUUUAAUCAGAGCGUGGGGUACAAUGAUUGCUGAGUUAUGUGACCCAUACAGGGAAGCUGCCCUGUGGAUCCAUCGUUCGGCAAAAUACACCAUCCCACAAGGGUCUUCUAUUCAAGUCCCCCAAGCGUGUGUGUGGAUAGAAGAGGAGGGGUCACUGAGUGGGGAAUGGGGAAUAAGUCCAGUGCUAUUGGGGGCAUUGUGAUCCUAGGGUGCCUCCAAAUAUCCCUGGACUAACUCCUUGGGCAGCUCACUGCAGAAAGCACCCCAGCCAGAGGCACACCAGAAUCAUUCCAGCAGGGGCAGGAAUCCAGUUCCAGUGUCUCUCUCCUCCCUGGCUGGGACUUGCACCCAGGGUCCAGUCCAGAGGAGUGGGGAGAUGGAAAUCCAGAGCAGGGCUCUUCCCCUCCUCAUUCUGCACUGGAUGCUGACCAAGCCUCUAGUAACACCAUCUGAUCUUCAUGCAUCUGCCUGCCCUGGAGCACCCCAGGGAGCUCCCUACGGGGAGACGGAUGAUGUGGGCGCCCUUUGCUGCUGCAGCCAUGGGCAGGACUGGGCUCUCCAGCUGCUGCCCUGGGAUCCCUGCUGGUCUCUCUCUCCUUUCAGGUCCGGGGGUGCUGGAGGAGCUGCUGACCUAUGAUGACCUUUUCCUAGAGUAUUUCAAUGCCUUCCUGGCUCUGCCUGCCUUUCCUUUGAGACUGCGCUACGACCGGCUCAGGGGCCAACUGCAGGAACUGGACGGCUUCCUCUCGGAGUCUCCCAGCCAGACGGGGAUGAAGCCAAGCUCUCUUCACUAUGGAGCCACUGAUGCAGAGAGGGAAAGGAUCCUGGGCUGGCUGAGGAGGGAGCGCUUACCCCCUUUUCAGAGGACGGCCCUUUACCUGGAGUACAAGCUGGCAAAGCUGCUGAUUCGUCCCCUGGAUGAAGGCUACCCAGUGAGCCGGCAUGAGAUUCGUGGGUACAGCCGUCAGUCUGACAGUGCCACCGUUUCCAGAAUCCCCAGUCACCCAUCAACAGCUGGGCUGCCCACCAGGGUCCCCAGCCUUGGGCUGUGGAGGCCUCCUAGUCAGACCCACAGCACCCCAGCCCACCUAGGCUGCUUCUCCAGUGUCCCUGACCAGCUGCCCUGGGGGAGCCCUGUGGAGUUCCCAGCUGCUGUGAGUCUGGGACAAUCUCCCUUUGCAGAGGGGCUGAGCAGGCUGCACCUCCGAAGCCUCCUGCCUGACUCUGGCACAGGAGUGGCCAACGAAGGAUCUGUGGAUGGCUGGACCAAUGCUGGUGGGUCUGAGAGAUCCCUUGCUGGCCUGACCAGAGCUGCCUCUAGCUCUUCACCCACGGCAGGGCACAUCAAGUACCACCCGGGCAGCAGGCGCCAAGGGGAGCCGGCCUCAGGCACCAGGAAGGUGCUGCAGUUUGACCUGGACGAAUCAAGCACGUCUGAGGGAGGGGAGGAAUCCUGGCUGCUCCCUGGCUUUGGCCGUUCCACUCUUCAGCAGCUGAAGGAGGACGUGCUGGGGACGAGGGCUGGUAUGGAUGGCUUCAAGGAGUUUCUCCAUGGCACCCUGGGGAUCCACCUACUUCACUUCUGGAUGGACUGUGAGGAUGUCAUGGAGCGCACCAAGUGCUUAGAGGCCAGUGCUGCCCAGCGGGAGGCCCAGCUCCUCUGUGUCAGCCUCUGCCGGAACAUUCAAGACACGUACAAGCUGAGCCUGUCUCUGGCUUCCCAGGAGCCGAAGUGUGAGGCUCAGGGCAGCGUUGAGGCAACUUUCACUGCCUUCAGCAGGAGCCAGUAUGAUGCUCUGAGACGCCUGCGCGCCUACUGGGUUCCCAGGUUUCUCCUCCACCACCAGAGAACCAGACACCUCAGGGCUGUCCCCACCUCAGGCUCCCAGACCAAGCCUAGGCCGCCCGUGGCAACUGACUUCCUGCCUUCGCUCAAGGUGUUUGCGUCGCUUCCUGUUGUGGGUGACGGAUGCAUGAGCUGCACGAACAGAAGCGCAGACUGGUUCAGCCUUCCGCGCUCCAGUGCAAGCUGGCGAGGGAGGAUUGCAUCAGCUCGGCAGCCAGACCUCCCAUGGAAUCUCCCUGACACACCGCUGACCUCCCACCUCCUCCAAGCACUAAUGUGUGAUCCUGGGGCUGGGGGGAGCUUUCUUCACUACCUGACCAGGUUUGAGGAUUCUCAGAAGGUCCAUAACUUCCAGCUGUGGCAAGCGCUGGAGAAGCACCAGGCUGCUUGGGAGUGGCAGGCAGACCGGCUCCAGCCCCACCGCUCAGCCUGGCAGAUCUUCCAAAAGUAUUUGGUGCACGGUGCGCCAUAUGAUGUCGGGCUCAGCUCCGAUCUGCCACAUUACAUCCAGCAGCUCCAGGAGAUGCUCAGCUCCAGCAACCAACCUCUGGAGCCUUUGGCCUUGGAGCCGGUGGCUCAGCAUGUGCUCAUUGUUCUCUGUGAGGCCUGGCUCCACUACCUCCGCCAUGAGAUAGCCACCUUCCUGGAGUACUGCGUCCCAGCCUCUUACUUGGAAGUGCAGGAUGUCAGGAGCAAAGACAGUAGAAUAAAGCAGAGAAGAGACAGGGCCAGGAAGAGGAAGGAAAAUACUGGCUUUCAUGCCCAGAAAGGCAGAGAACAGCAGAGGAGGCGGAGGAAGAAAGCAGCAGCCAAGCCGCAGGGCUCAGGCCACACUGGCCUGGCAAGUGGGGAAGGGUCAGUGACACCCCAGCGUGCCCUGGAACUGCUCAAUAACAAGGUGGUUUUCAAAACCUAUAGAAAGGCGGCUCAGGAAAUGCAAGAUGCAGGGCUCCAGAGGGUGCUAGGGCUGUUGGAGAAGCUGGAGCGGUGCCGGGCAGCCCCAGAGGGCAGGAAGCGGCUGAGCUGUGUGCUGAAGCUCCUGGACCUCUUUGAAGGGGCUGGGCCGCUGAGCCCUCAUCUCCCCAGGGAGCUGAGGAAGAGACUGAGGACAGAGGUGGGCCAGGGAGCAGUAAGCGACUCAAGCGUGGAAGAAAUCCAAGCUGCUUUGUAUGCACACAUUGCUCCGACCUUCGAGAGCUUCUGGGCUGAGGUGAGCAAGGGGCUGGACAGGCACGGAGUACAGCCUUCCUGGAUCCAAGAUGAGGGCUGGCCCAAGCUUCAGCCGCUCCUGCAUUUGCUGGCUGCCAAGGUGGCCCUCAAGCGUCUAAGGACCAGGAAAGCCGCCGGGGGGUUAGCAGCUACAGCCCAGCCCAGCCAGGAAGACAAGGCCUCCUUCUGCCAAUUCCUCAGGGCUGCUGCUGAAGGCUGGCCCACCCUGGAGAGGCUGCACUUCCUCCAUCACCUGCAGGUCCAUGGUCCCCCUGUGCUGGAGCACGGCCUGCACUUCCAGUUGGAGGUGCAGAAGUUCAAGAACGCCCAUCAUGCCAUGCCGGACAGGGCUCUCCUGAGGAAGAAGGUGCAGGUGAUCCGCAACUGCUUCCUCGUCUCCCAGCUGGAGCCUCGGCUGCAGGUGGUGGUGGACGCUGAGAAGCUGGGGAGAGCUGUCCGGGCAGCUGAGCAGGCCCUCCAGCAGGAUGUCCCAGCACCGCCUCCCAGCCUGUUCGAUGAGCUGAGGGACUCAAUCUUCAGCACCCUACUGCCGUAUUGGGCUGGGUUCCGAAAGGCCUGGCUGAAGCGGUCGCUUGAGAGUAUCCAGAGAGCCCCGGUGCUGAGAGCCCAGCAGCUCCUACAGCAGAGGCGGGCCCUGUUUGAGCGGUCCCAGGGCCCACCACAAACAUUCCAGCUGUCUCCUCUGCAGCAGCGUGCAAACGUGAAGGGGAGCAAGCAGCAGGGCGGCUUCACUUACACCUUCUCCAUCAGCAGGGGCAUUGCCCUGAAGGCCUCCAGCAGAGAAGAUACGGGCAACCGCACUUCUGUGUUUGGAAAUGGCAAGAGGUCAGCACGAGUUCAGCUUCCUCCCCUUCCCGAGGUGCCGGUGCUGCUCUGACCAGGACAGAAAGCGCUCUAGCCUACAGCACCCAAUGCAGAGUCAUAACGCUGGCAACACGAGUGGCAGCUAGAGGUGGCCGGUGUGCUGCAAAAUCAAGCUCUGAGCUGUUUUUAAACACAGGGAAGGCAAACGGACAACAGCUGGGAGACACAUCUGGGAACAGUGACCCUAUGCUGUAUGAUGGCAUGGGUAAAGCAAGGCUCGGGCACCCUGCUGGAAGUUCAAGGUCCCUUGGCACCGAGAGAAAACCUGGGAGUCUUGGCCUAAGUCCCUCUCUCAUUAAGGAGGGUUUCAAUUACCCAGACUGGACACAAGCUCUUGCUGAACCCAGAAGAGCGGAGGCAGCUGCCUGCAUUCUCAGUGCUGCUGAAGUAGCUGAAUCAGUGCACUGGGGAGCACGACAGGCACCAGAUCUGCUCUCUCCCUCCACAAAAAGGCCAACGCCCCCCUCGCCAGCAUUUCCAUCUCCUGCUCAAAGGACCAGGUUAACAUCAAUCACAUGACAGUGAAAAGCCCUCGUAGGAAGAGUCCUUGUAGAGUGGCUGGGAGCCGAGAUCACAGUGGGCUAUCUGUGUGAUGUUAAGGGUUAAGCCUCACAUGGAGUUUCCAGGUCUGAGAGCUGCAGCCACCGGGGCAAUUCCAGCCUAAGCUUUGAGACAGACAUGGGUGGGCUGCUUAUCUGACAUAACAGGUCGAUUCUGUAUUCUCAUUCAGACCCUCCCCUCUCUGCCUCCAGUCUGGAGGCAGCUGGGCAGAACAAGGUGCUUGCUCUUCCUGCCUCCCAGACUGAACAGCCCACCCACGCUCUUACAGCACACGUGACGCUAAAGAGAAGGAAAGGCAGCCCUUUGCCCAGAGCAGGGUCAUGCGCCAGGUGCAGCAGGGCGGGGCUGGAGGGUUUGUUACCCACGGGUGGAGUUCAAAGGAUGUGGUGUCACAGCUCACGCUACAGCUAUGCAUUUGGCUCUCAUUUUAUGGCACUAGCCUGUGUCCCUCUUAAAAAUGACUGAGUUGAUCAUCAGGUGAGGGACUGAGUUCCAGGCCCAUAAGAGCCGCUCUACAAACUCAAGGCUCUUGGGCCAAAGUGGGGUAGCGGCCAGUGCCAGAGGAUGGUGCGACAAUGCUGGCAGCUGGGCAGCGCUGGCUGUGGGGCUGAGGGAUUCCACCCCUGCCUGCACGGCGGUCAGCUCAGAUCCUGACAUGGGACAUUCACUCACACUGUGCCUGCUGCAGCCUCAUGACCUCCUGGCUAGCCUUAACCACUGAACUCUUGCCCCCUUGUGUGCAUUCAAAAUGCUGCUAACAUCAGCUUCCCAGCUCAUCGCCCACCUCGGGCUCCCCCUGCUCCACGGCAUCGAACACGAGCUACUUACCUUUCUGUCUCUUCACAACUUAGCCCCAGCUGCUCUAGUAAUUCCUCCUGCUGCCGAGAUGCUGCUUUUGCUCUGCCAGCAUUCCCUGACUGCACUGCCCAGUCACUUUGGCCUCGAUUCACAAAGGGACUUAGGCACCUAAGUCUGGGUUGAGGCCCCAAGCCCCAGUUUUAGGCGAUUCACAGAACUGGCAAAUCCUCUCAGUGCCACGUUUCUGAUGUAAAAGUUCCUGUGUUGACAGUGUUUGAGGCUCUGGGCAUGUGCACUGCUGCGUCGCUCUAGGGGUCUGGAUGCCUGGCUCCUGCCUAUGCCCCAUGGGGUGGGGUUGGGGGGAGGAAGUAGGAGUUUGGCCAAAUGUAUGGGGCCUGGGCCAUAGGCAUGCUCAGAGGCUGCCUACCAGUUGGGCCGCUCAGGCACACACAAGUCAGCUGGGGGGGUGGCCCUCCUACAUCGCUCUUUUAGCCCAGUGGUUAGGGUGCUCACCUGGGCUGCGGGAGAGCACCCGUUUCAAGUCCCUCCCUCCACUUGAGGGGGAGAAGGGAUUUGAACUGGACUCUUGUCACCUCUUGGGACGUACUCUAACCACCGCGCUAUGGGAUAGUCCUAUGUGAGGCUCCCUGAAUCUCUCCCGUUGAGGCUGUUUCACUGUGGAUAAAUAAUUAGUCAUUUGAGCCAGGGAGACAGAGAGCACACACAUGUCCAACAAUUAGGGCACUCACCUAAGAUGGGGCAGAUCCCAGUUCAAAUCCUCGGGGGGACUUUAACUGGGGGUCUCCCAGGUGAGAACCCGAACCACUGGGCUAAAAGUUAUGAAAGAGGCCCUCCUCCCCGCCCAGCCUCUUGCAGAAGUGGCAUAGGUGCCUAAUUCCAAAGAGGGUUCCUGGCUAAGAAUGCUGGCAGAGAUACACACCUCCCUGCCUGGACCUAGGCGCCUGUCUCUGUGAGAGGAGCAGGGCUCAGCACAUCCCCUGCUGGUCGGCAGCUCCCUGCCUACCAUGCUGGCUUUUGGGAAAUGCGGUCUAAAGCGCCGGUCUCGCCCCAGGCGCUGUGUAGGGAGGGUAGGUGCUGAACUCAGGCUUUGUGACUUGCAGCAUGGUUCUGUGAUUUUCUAGGCCCUAACAGGUAGGCGCUGUGACACUCAGUGUUGCAACACCAAAGUACCGUUGUGCAUCCAAGCUUUCCCUCAUCCCACCCUUUAUGCAUGGGGAAAUUCCCCCUAAAAUCCAUGCCGCUACUACCUCAUCCUUCUAGCUCCUUCUAUGAUGCUUCCCAAACCCUAGCAGCUGAUAAGACCAGGCCAGGGGUGAGCUACCUCUACUGCUUACAGCAAUUUCACUGUUUACCCCAUCAGUCCUUCCCUCCCCACACCUUUUGCAUCUUGGCAUAAACCAAGUUUUGCAAGGCCUUUGGGGCAGGGAGUGUCUUUGCUUUAGAUUGACAUAGCCUGGGACAGGGGCUCUAGGCACUGCUGUAAUACACGUAAUAAUGAGGUUUACAUUACCCAGGUUGUGUGAAUUUGUGGAGUUAUAUAUGCUAUUAGUGCCCAUAAAAAUCAACCAAUCCUUUAAAAGCCCA